AUGGCACACAGAAGAGUUUCUAAAUCCCAGAGUAGAGCCCAGAGUUCAUUGAUAGAAGUGAAGAGCAAGUUUGAUGCAGAAUUUAGACGAUUCAGUGUAGAGAGAGACAAGUAUGAGAGACUUGAAGACUUCCGCACAUUAGUUGAAGAAUUACAUCGACUACAAAGUACUUCUUUUGUCCUAGCCUACACUGACCCUCGGGAUGGGGAUCUUCUUCCAAUUACAAACGAUGAUAACUUCAGGAAAGCUCUUCAGUGUUCAAGACCACUUCUCAGAGUCAUCAUCCAGCAUAAAGGAAGUCUUGAACAUCUCCCAAAUGGCUCGAACCACAAGCUACCCAGCAUCCUCUCACCGUUUGUUACACAGCCGAGGAACAAGUUGUCUAUAUCUUACCCACAAGAUUUCCGUCAGGUAGCAGCUAUAAUUGAUGUGGAUGUAGUGCCUGAGGUGUGCAGGAGAGUGCGACUGUUGAAGCAUGGAUCAGAUAAACCUCUAGGUUUUUACAUUCGAGAUGGAACAAGUGUGCGAGUAACUCCACAUGGCCUGGAGAGAGUGCCUGGUAUAUUCAUCUCUCGGUUAGUACCAGGUGGGCUAGCAGAGAGUACUGGGCUGCUGGCAGUAAACGAUGAAGUCCUGGAAGUUAAUGGAAUAGAAGUCAACGGGAAAACAUUAGAUCAGGUUACUGACAUGAUGGUGGCCAACAGCGCAGUAAAUCUGAUUAUAACAGUUAAACCUGCAAAUCAGCGAACAUUAUCACACACACCUCGACGAGGUUCCUUCUCCCGCAACUCGGCCAUGUCCUCUGGGUCACAGCAGUCUCACCAGUCUGCCUCAGACGAUGAUCGUUAUGACCAGGAUGAGAUAAGAGACCUGACUGCUGCUGAUUCUCUAAGUGAUGCACCUCUGUCCCAUGCAUCACACCCAUCAAAGGAUGAAGGGGUCUUACAUCUUUAGUUGUAUGGAAGAUAUAUUUUAACUGCCAUUAAUAGUUUUGAUAGGUAACAUGGAUAAUGGUAAACAUUAAAAGAGUAUUUUUUAUAGAUAUCUGAAUCAUAUCAUCCUUUAUGUUGUGGGAUUAUUUUAUCCUCCUUUUUAUCAUUGUUUUAUUAAUAUUUAUGUAUAUAAUUUUUAAAAUAUUUUCCCCACCUUCACUUAUUAUUUUAUGGGGCUCAUGUUUGCAUAGUGUAUUGUAAACACAACAUGAUUUAUUGUGGUGCAGUAUCAUAGUUGACCGUAUGGCCAACACCAGUCUUAGAUUGUGCAGAAUUUAUAUCCAUAUCUGUUAUAGCUCAUUAUUUUAGCCCACCGUUGAUGAUAAUGUUGUUUACAUUAAAAGCCAUACUGUUAGAAAUGCUACACCUUGUAAGGUGGAAGGAGGUUAGAACAAGUGCCUGUAAUUACAUUGCUAAUGUGUCUUUCCUGAUGCCUUUAAGGGUUAUAUAUUUGAGUAUGUUGAAGAAUAGAAUAUGAAGUUUGAAAAUCAUAAUGAAGUACCUACAAUAGUAGUCCACAAGUGAAAUUAUAGUGUAAAUGUGCCUUUCUUGCAGGAAUUUCAAUCAAACUUUACAACUUCAGUUUCCUAGUAAUCAGAUUGUAUAUCUUUUUAUAAUUAAUCUUUUUAUUUUUACAUUAUUUUUAAUGUCAACAUAAGUACUUAGGCAGAAAAUGAGCAAGUCAAAUAGAACAAAAAGAUUGGUAAUAUAGUCAUAAUCUUUUAAAUGGUUUGUACUGCUGAUUCUUCCAUAUCAUUUAAUUUGAUUGAAGGAUAUACUUACAUUCCCAGUUCAAAUCACCUAUAGUUUGAAGUUUCACUGUUGUAAGAAAAUAUACUUUUAUAAUCAAUUGUAAUUAGCUUUAACUUGAAACUAAGAGUUAUUUCCUUCUGUUGAUUGUAUAUACAUUAUGUGCAUAUGGUAUCUUUAAGGUAUGGAGGCCAGAAGUAGUACAUGGCUUCAGAUACUAUAAGUGUUUUGGCAUGAAUAGUUAUGCUACUUCCCCACACCCAAUGGUUGUCACUUGUGUACAAUAUUAGAUAUGUGAAUAACAUAUGUUUGAGGGAUUUAGUGCACCUUGAAAGCCUCAAAUAAAGGCUCCCCAGAGCACUUGUGCUAUAUGGACCACAUUUCUGUGGACCAUUAUGUAUAUUAUUGAAAUUAUACAGUUUACACUUAGAUCAUAUUUUAAAACUUGUGAUAAAACUUCCAAGGAUUGGUUUGUGGGUCAGAGACCACUGUGUAGUGUAAAUGAAUGGUUAAUUAAUGUAAGAAUGAGUGAACAUCAGAAAGUUCAAGUAUAAUAAUAACUAUGUUUGAAAAA